CGUCCCGCCUUGUUUUUCUGACGUUUUAGAGAGGAGGAAGGGGAGGAAGAGGGUCUGGAGAGGACCAAGGAUCCACCCCCUUCCCCACAAGCACACAUCAACAGGAAAAGACCAGGGGCCACAGCUGCACUCUGCACCAGAGCACACACAUGUCCACUGGAUUCUUUACAAAGGCUGUCAACUAAAGCAAAGGAAUGAGCAAGAAUCAGAAAGACGUGAAAAAAAUUCAAACUGUAUAUCUACAAAACCUGGAGAGACUCAACCAGGGCAAAAAGGCAGAGAAGAAAUUGUGGAAGCCUAAAGAGGGAGAGUUUGUGGUGCAGACCGCCAUGGAGAAGCUGCGGCAGGCACCUCUCGCUGGACACAAGAGCUCUGCUCACAGGAUCAGCAGGGACCUCACUUGCUCCAUCUGCUUGGACCUGUUCAAACAGCCUGUGUCUUUGCCCUGUGACCACACCUUCUGCCAGACCUGCAUUGAGGGCUACUGGACGGGCCCCCGAGGACCUGGGCAGGGGGGCACUGGCUCCUGUCCACAGUGCAGGAAAGUGUAUCCAGGGCAGAGCUACCGUCCCAACCGGAUUGUGGCCAACAUUGUGGAGAGCUACUGCCACGGGCUGGAGGAGGGAGACCCCGGACCCCUGCUUCCACAGGUAAAGGCCCCAGAGCAGCUGCCGGUGCCCCGCUGCAGCAGACACCGAGAGGAACUGAAGCUCUACUGUGAGGAAGACCAGGAGCUGGUGUGCUUAGUGUGUGGGCUGUCUCAGGACCACCGCUCUCACACUAUGGUGUGUGUGCAGGAAGCCCAGCUCAAGUACAGGGCAUCUUUAAACAGCUCUAUGGAUUCUCUGAAAGCUGAACUUAACAUUGCACUACAGUGUGACCGCGAGGCAGAGGAGGAGGUCAGAAAGCUCAAGGAGCACACAGCCGACCUGAAGCAGCGCAUCGAGGCCCAGUUCAGCGACCUGCACCAGUUUCUGUACCAGGAAGAGAAGCUGCUGCAGGUGAAGCUGAAGACUGAGGAGCGCAGGGAGCUGAUUCGACUGGACGAGCACAAGGCCCUGCUGUGUGUGGAGAUCUCCCGGCUGCAGAGAGCUGUGCAGGAGACAGAGGACAAGCUCAAUGAGCAGGAUCCCUUCACACUGCUCCGGGGCAUCAAAGCUCUGCUGCAGAGGCCGUUGCUGAAGUUUGAAAGACCUAGCUUUACACCCCACAGUCUGUGUGAGGGGCGCUUUGCGGGACCUCUUCAGUACAGAGUAUGGAAGUCCAUGAAAGGAAGCCUCUAUCCAGUGCCUGCAGCCAUCACAUUUAACUCAAGCACAGCCAACCCAUGGCUUAGCCUGACCUCCUCCCUCACGUGUGUGCGUUAUCAGACCUUUAACCACACAGUGGAGGACAAUCCAGACCGGUUCAACGCGGCUCUGUCUCUGCUGGGCAGCCAGGGCUUCACCCAUGGGCGCCACUACUGGGAGAUUGAGGUGUACAGCAGCACAGUUUGGACAGUGGGUGUGGCCCGGGAGUCUGUUCCGAGGAAAGGGGUGAUCAAAGCCCUGCCAGCCAAUGGUUUUUGGACCCUGUCUCUGUCCUAUGGGGUGCAGUACAUGGCCGGGACAUCGCCCCCAACUGUCUUGUCGCUGGAGGAGCCUCUAGCCCGGAUUGGUGUGUACCUGGACUAUAAGAGGGGCCUGGUGUCUUUCUAUAAUGCUGAGAGCAUGACACACCUGUACACCUUCAGAGAGACAUUCACUGAAACCCUCUAUCCUUACUUUAAUCUAGGCUUUCUGGAUAAAGUCCAUGAGAAUGAGCCUCUGAAAGUUUUCCUCCCCAAAAUCUAACAAGCUGUGAAUUGAUAAAAAGAAAAGA